GGCCCGAGAACUGAACAUCGGGGUGUCUUCGGGCUGAAGUCGAGCAACCUCCCUCAGCCAUGGAUCGAUCGACCGUCCCUCCCUCGCCGGUGAUGCCCGAUGAGUUCUUCGGAUCAAUUCGCCGAACCGCUUCAGAUGAUAGAUGCGACCGCCGGAAUCAUACCUGACCCAGAUGUGUCUCCCGCUCCUUUUGAAGCAACUACGGGGGAGAAGCGGAAGAGAGAAGGGAAGUUCAGGUCAAGGGUAUGGCUGCAUUUCACAAGGCUUGAGAAGAGGCCCGGUGAACGUGAAGAAUGUCAAUGCAACCACUGUGGUCAAUUCUACGCUUGUUCGAGCAGGUGUGGGACCACUCAUUUGAACCGCCAUAUAUUUGAUGGCGGGUGCCCAAAAUAUAAACCCCCUCCAAGUGACUCGCAGACGCCCACUGUUCAUGCCAGAGAGAAUUUCGAGGAUAUUUUGAACGGUAUACAUUUAAGAGUUGAUCAAACGGAUAGUCAGAUCAACUCCAAUAACAAGGAAACUCUUGAACAGAUGGAGGCACAGGUAGCCCGACUGAAAGAAGACAAUGCAAAGCUUCAACAAGAAAAGGAUGCAUUGAUAGCUCAGAAAGAAAACCUCGAGCAACUGUUAGUUACUAUGGCAUCUGAAACGGCACGGUUGACGGAAGAGAACACGAAACUUAAGGAAGACUGCGCAAAGCUUCAGGAAGAGAAGCAUAAGAUAGUUACACGGGAGGAAUUCAUGAGAUUGGAAGCCCGAGUCUCAAAGCUAAAAGAGGACUUUGAAAAGGACCGGCGAGGAUUCCCAGCUGCAGCUGUGGCGGCUCUGGCUCAGAUCCAUAAGAACAGAUAGCUUGAGAUGUUGGCGCCCUUGCCAUUGCAUAGAAAUUGGGCUAAUAAGAAGCUGUAACAUCGAGGGGUGUACACAAGCGACAGAGUCAGGAACUGUAGAUGCUAUCAACAGUUGCUUCGGGGAAUGUCUCAACAUGUAAAUUAUUGCUUUAAGUGUAUUAUUUGGGAGUUAGUCUGAAAAUGUGCCCCGAAGUUAAAGGCUUGGAUUGUGUGGCCUUUCGGAUUCUAGUGGUGGUUGUAAGUGGCUGUUGAUCGUCUAAGGAUCAACAUUACCUAUGUUCAUAAUUAAUAUCGAGAAAUGAAGAUAGUCGAAGCCUAACAUCUACCUUGUAGCA